AUGACAUUCUUGUUGUUCUUCAACUUCGUUGGCUUUUCUGGAUCGUGUUUUGAUAGGAAUUUGGUUUUCUGGCUUAAUCUAUGCCGUUCGGCCGGGAUUGAGGUUACACUUGCCAUAGUUAAUGAUAUUGGAGAUAAAGUUUUCACUCUUUUGGUUGAUGAGGCUCGAGACGUUUCAAUGAAGGAGCAGAUGGGAGUUGUUUUAAGAUAUGUGAAUAACGAAGGAUAUGUGAUUGAGCGAUUUAUUGGAAUCGUGCAUGUAACUGACACUUCCUCUCAUACUUUGAAAUGUGCUAUUGAUGAUUUAUUGGUGAAGCAUAAUUUAUCUCUAUCUAAAGUGAGAGGGCAAGGAUAUGAUGGAGCUUCUAAUAUGAGGGGUGAGUUUAAUGGAUUGAAAUCCUUAAUAUUGCAAGAAAAUCCAUAUGCCAUGUAUAUUCAUUGUUUCUCUCGUCAACUCCAACUAAUUAUUGUUGCGGCUGCCAAGGGUAUUAGAGUUGUGAAGGAUGUUUUUAGCUAUGUCUCCAUGAUUGUGAAUAUGGUCGGGGCAUCUUGUAAGAGAAAAGACCAACUUAGGCAGUUGCAACAUGACAGAUUAGUUGAACAACUUAAUGAUGGAGAAGUCAUAAGUGGAAGAGGUAAAAAUCAAGAAACUAGUUUGGUAAGGCCCGGAGAUACUCGUUGGGGCUCACAUUACUUUACAUUGCUUCGUCUAUGCUCUAUGUGGUCUUCGGUUGAGAAAGUGUUGGAAGUUGUACGUGACGAUGCUAUUCUCCAUGAUAACCGAAGUACCACUGAAGGAUUGAUUGAAAGGAUGGAUAACUAUGAGUUUGUUUUCACUUUGCAUUUGAUGAAACAUUUAUUGGGAAUAACCAAUGAAUUAUCCAUUGCCUUGCAAAAGAAAGAUCAAAAUAUUAUUCAAGCCAUAUCAUUGAUCCAAAGUGUGAAACAUCAGUUGCAAAGUUUUAGAGAGAAUGGAUGGGAAGACAUACAUGAUCAAGCAACAAAGUUUUGUGAAUUGCAUAAUAUUUCACAAGUUGAUAUGGAUGAAAUUAUACCACGCCGUGGUUAUAAGAAGUAUGGAGCAGAGUUGAUCACGAAUUUGCAUCAUUAUCGUGUAGAGAUUUUUAAUCAGGUGGUUGAUUUAACUAUACAAGAGAUGGAUAAUCGAUUUUCUGAAGCUAGCACCGAGUUGCUAGGAUGCAUAUCAUGUCUUGAUCCAAUAAAUUCUUUCUCUCGAUUCAAUGAUGAUCAAGUAAUCCGUCUUGCUACUUUAUAUCACGAGGACUUCUCUGCAAUUGAUUGUUCACAGCUUCCACUUCAACUUAGUAAUUUUAUUGCUAAUGUACGAUGUGAUCCUCAAUUUGCUGCCUUAAGCAACUUAGGAGACGUUGCUACGGAAAUGGUCAAAAGUGGUAAACAUUUGGUUUUUCCGUUGGUUUAUCGGAUUAUUGAGUUGGCAUUGGUUUUACAUGUUGCUACUGCUUCUGUUGAGAGAGCAUUUUCUGCAAUGAAAAAAUCUUGCAACGUUUUCAAUCGAUGA